AUGGCGCCUUCUCCGGGGCCCCAGCAGGUGCUCUGCUGGCUGUUUCUUGCGUCGCGAGUCCUAACUGGUGUUGGGGCCCAGAGCUCGGGGAGAAGAUCGUCUCCCUACGAUGAUUUGGGCAGUAUCGGGAGGGGUGAGCGGCGCAGACUCACUGAACAUUUGAACAUUGUCUGGAGAGACAGCGAAGCGCCUGCCCCUGAUCAUAACAUCUGGCGGCCGCCACAAGCCAGUGCACUGUUCCGCCGACGGUGUCGUUGUCUCUUCAAGAAGCAGCGUGCAAACUGGCGGGCCUGGCCUCAGCGUUCUCGGCACUGGUGUGGAUGGCCCAGCCGAGGUCGACGCUUUGGGGAGGCUGAUCUCCCCGGACCAGCGGCGGCAUCACCGGCCCAGGAUGUUGACCGGCGUGAGCGGUCCCCUAUUCAUCGCGCCAGCCGCCCGACGCCUAGGCCUGGCAGAGUCUAUUGCCCUGUGGAGGGCUGCCCAUGCCACGAUCCCAUGCGAGCCCGUGGCUGGGCGAAUGACGCCAGCAUGCGGUCACACAUCGACGCCCACCUAGCCGGGACACUGGCUGGAGACAUUCCUGCUGCCUGGCUGGAGGCCCGUCAACGCAUGCGCUGCCCAGUGUGCGGCCUCAGUGUGUCGGAGCGACACGCUGUGCAUCCGACUUGUCAGCCAGAGGCCCGUGCUGCUGCAGUGGAUGGCGGCCAUCCCAUGGAGGUGGAGGGCCUGCAGCUCCCGAGCUUCGAGGCCAUUCAGUCCGCUCGCACGCCUACCCUCAGGCAUGUUCCUGCAGCGGCUCGACACACUUGGUGCCAGCUGCUGACAAGGGCCCUUGCUGCGGUCGCGCAUCGGAACGAUGAGCGGGCCUGGCGUGAACUUCUAAUGGGGGGUAAGCGGCACCGGAAAGCUGCCGCUUCCUUUACGCUGGACCGCAUGCAACAGUGGCAAGAAGGCGAGCGCCUAUCUCUCUGGGAAACUCGGCCCCAGCACAAACGGCGAGGUGCCUCCACUCCGACGCCGGAGGAGCGCCGGGAUAUGGCUACUGCGUUGGGGCGGGAAGGCUUUGACAGAAAAGCUUCGGCGGCUCUACUUUCAAAGGGCCUUUGCCCGCCCACUGCUGAAACUGCCCGUGCUUUGGAGGCCUUACACCCAUCUGGCCCUGUGCCUGCUGACCGGCCUCUACAGAACCUUCCUUUGGGGCCCGACAUUUCUCCUGAACUAGUUUCCAGGUGCUUGCGAGCCUUUUCACCAGAAACGGCCCCCGGGCCGACAGGUUUGCGGGUGCAGCACUUGCGAGAGGCCUGUGCGGCUGGUGCCACUGACACUCUGAUUGCUCAGCUUACAGCCGUGGUGCAGCUACUCGCGCAUGGGCGGGCUCCGGCCUGCGUUGCCCCGGUCCUGGCUGGUGCUGGCCUUGUGGCGCUCCCCAAGCCUUCUGGGGGUGUUCGUCCCAUUGCUGUGGGAGAGCUCCUGAGGCGCCUCACUGGCAAAUGCCUGUUUCUGGCCGGCCCAAGUGGGAGUGGCUGUCAAAGGCGGAGCUGA